CUUAUGAAUGCAGUCAGUCAGUUCUACUUUGCGAAUACAUUGGGAAAGAUGGUUUCUGCGCUUUUGAUAUUUUUCACCGUAACUUCAAAUAUUUGUGAUAUGCAGCUGUGCUACGAAAGGGAACGAUAUUCGUAUAUCAGUUACGAAAUUAAUGAGGUCAUUCAACGAAGUUCUUUAAAUCAGCAGUGCGUUAUCAAUUCAACAUUCAUGGAAGUUAUUGCGUUUGAUCAGGAGCAGCUGUGCGAUAUGCAAAUUGAGGACGAUCAAUGCUAUGCACAACCUGUGGAGGAGACAACCAAGGAGUGGACAGCCAAGGAGGGGGCAGCUAAGGAGGGGACAGCUAAGGAGUGGGCAGCCAAGAAAGGGACAGCUAAGGAGGGGACAGCUAAGAAGGAGACAGCGAAGGAGGAGACAGCUAAGGAGGAGAAGUUAAGUAAGGAUGACGGCGCACUGGCUUUGAUACUAUUGCUUUUCCUUGGUAUAUUAUGCAGUCGUUAACAGUCGUUCUCGUUAAAGUAAUAGAAACCCUUUGACAGUCGUGCAAGAUUUUUUUGAGCUAUACAAUGGGGUUGGAUAUUUGUCUUUAUUAGAAACAAUGGGAAGUAAUAAAGAAAAGUAUACAGCAUUUUGCCUUUUUUGCCAUUUUAUAUGGGAAUACUGAACAAAAUAGAAAUAAUUAGGUUUUAUAUGAAAUAAAAAUAAAUUCAUUUUAUACCGCCACAACAAUAAAAUU